UAGUCGCCGAACGGCAGCGCGUCGCCAGCGGUGUCACCCGCCCCCCCCCUCCGGUGCGUUCCUCCCUACCUGAUCCCACACGCACUCGCCUUUCUCACACGAUCACCGGCGAUUCCCACUUGCGCAACUCGAGUCGAAACUGAAAGCCGCCGCCCGAGCCCCGGGCCCCGUCGCCAUGACCCCCAGGAUAGCGCUAUGCUUGUUACUGUGCACGAUCUACUCGGCGCACGCCGACGUAGACAUCAUCACGGAGCCUCGGCCAGGCGAGGAGUACGUACUGGUCAGCUCUGGACAACAGACGCCAUUAAGAAACUUCGAAACAUCACAUAAAAUACCCGAUAAACACCCCAAUCACCGAAACUUCAAACAAGAUGACAGCGAAAAGAUUGUCAAAAAAUUACAUAGCGGUAAGGCUAAACACUCCACCGAAGGUAUCGUUGCCAUUGAAGAAGACAAGAAAGCUCAGUUCAGAAAGGGAUUGAAAAGCAAAGCUUCGGAAUCAAUUGAAGUCGAUAUUCCCGUAUCGAAAAUAGAAGACAUUAAAAUACGCGAGAAUGUUAAAGAUGUUGAAACGAACCCCAAGAUGGCCGUCGCAUUGGAAGCGAUGUCCGAAUCUGGAAAAUUAAGUAAAACUUCAGGAACCACCACCCAAAAGCCGAUCCUGACGACGGCUCCGUCAGCCACCACCCAGGGAUAUGAUUACAUCCCUAUUAAUUUCGAUACCAUUGACGACAUCAACAGUGGUUUAUUAUCAUCUAGUGUCAACUUAGAAACAGCUGGGUCAGAACAAAAGCCUCAAUCAAGAAUCCAGAUUAAGAAAGGCCCCAAUGGUCAAGACUACGAGUAUGAGUACAUUUACUAUUACUACGACGAAGACGAAGAAGGCAAGAAAGAUGGAAAGGGAAAAGAUAAAGCUUCAUCAACCACCGCUGCUCCUGUUCACAAUUCUCACGACGGCCCAGAGAAAACCGACAGUGAGAACCACAUAGCUAACGAAAGUAAAACUAAGAACAAGUACAGUUCCAUUGACAGAACUGGAACCACGACCGCAGCCACUCCUGAGAUUCAGAACGAAGUUGUUCCAGCUACGACUAGAGGCCGUGGACGCAGCCGCAACGUCGCUCCCGCACCCGUCUCCGAAGAGGAAGAAGAUGAUAUCAGCGUCAGACUGCCAUCGAGCACACGGUUCCCGCCUCGGGGUCGUAACUUGGCUUCAGCCACCUCCACGACUUACGUACCCGAAGUAUCUUCAGAAUCAGUUAGACAACGCGGACGGUCACAAAGCGACAAUGUAGCCGAUGAGUCUAUCGGUCAGACCAGAAGCAGGACCCGUGCGCAUAUCAGACGCCCAAGCUCGGAGCUAGUAGACCUGGACAGCUUCAAGACUCAUUCAGGAGAUAUCCCAUCCCCAUCUCAAUACAAAGAGCCACCAAGCCGAUACUCCUCAGAGAGCAGGACCACCACAGAAGAAGUGCCGGAAACGUCACCCAUUGCCAAAGAACCUACCAAAGAGUCUGCUAGGGAGGGUCACAGCCUAUCCUCAGGCAUCAGGUUCCAAGAGAUCGUCGACGACUCGAAGCUCCCCGCCGACUACAAACAGACCACUCCUUAUGAUCAGGAGACGACAGAGUACACCACUAUGACCGCCAUGGAGAAGGUGGCUUUAGACUUGUACGCGUACUUGGCUGGAGAGAACUUGAACAAUGACAUCAACCCGACCAAUGAGAUCAACUUCGAUGGAACAACGACCAUGGAAGACGAUAUGUGGACAACGACGGAGGUGAUGAGCACGACGGAGGAGCUGACGACCACCCCUACCACAACUACUACUACUACAACUACUACGACGACCACUACGACAACAACACCAGCUCCUACCACGACGACACAGGCUGCGUCCACCCGCCCCUCAAGGUUCAAGGGCCGCGCAGGCGCCCGCACUCGCGCCCCCGUCUCCUCAGCCGCCACUGAGGCUCCACAAGAAACCUCCACCAGAACGCGAGGCCGCUUCGGGAAGCCAGGAGUAGGAGGCCGCAAGACUACUGCAGCCAGCUCAGCAACUUCUGCAGACUCUGCAACCCCAGCAGCGCCAGCAGAGAAACCAGUCUCCCAACCCAAGGCGUUCGGUCGUCGUGGCCUGUUCGCUGGUCGCACCCGACCUGCAUCCACUACUGCAGCGCCAGCUGCGGAAGAAGGUGCUUCGAGCGCAGCAGCGUCCAGUGAGACUCCGGCACCCAGACCUAGGCUGCGUCCAGGCCUGAGGAGAGGACCUUCAACCACCAGCACCACCGCUGCAGCUGCCAGCUCCUCGGCUGAAGACAGCACAGCACAGAGUGCCGGCUCCGGUGAGGUUGCUGAGACCACACCCAUCCCUUCAAGGUCACUAGGCCGCGGCAGGCCCGGUCUUCGGCCAGCGUCGCUCCGUCCCGGGCCCAGGUUGAACCUGCGCCCCAGUCCUCGCCUGAGGGGCGUGAGCACGGCACCUGAGGCCGCCUCCGAAGCCCCAGCUGAGACUUCAGCACCUGAGUCGCCCUCCACUGAUGCUGAUGCUGAGGCUUCAUCCCCCACGCCCGCACCUGAUGCCCCUCGCAGCGGCUUGAGGGUACGCAACAGGCUUCAGCUCGCCCCCUCCCCCAAGCCCCGCGCCCCUGUCACUCCCCCUGCGAGACGUGUAAACCCUCUUCUCAAGAGGAAACUGGCCUCUUCCACAGAGGCAACAACAGAAGCUCCCAAGAAGUCAACAGAAACGACAGAAGAGAGCACCAGUGCUGAGCAGAAGAGUGAGACGGAGACGGAACCUGCACCCGCGGAGACCACUCCUGCGCCGCCCCUACGAGGCCUGGACGCGCUCAUCGCCAAGCGUCGCGCCGCCGGCGGCAUCGGCGGCCGGCCCGCCAGACCAGCCCGCGGCAUCUACCAUCCCAAAUAACCACACACAAACCUUCUAAACUCUGGUUACAUACACAAUGACAUAAUGCUGACACUUAUGCCUUUCCCCAGAAAAUAUUUGACAAAAUUUAAUUAUAAAUAGGUACAUUAAUUCCACUUUUAUUUAAAAGUUCGUUUUAAGUUUUCUUUAACUAAGACAUUUUUAGCGAAGUUCAGCAUUUAUGAUGUCAUUAAUCUUAGUCAAUUCACUCCAGAAACUACUUAGGUAUUAGUCUUUCGUUUACGUACUAUCUGCCUAAUAUCAAUGUUUUUCUACUAUAGUUGUAAUGUGUCUAUAAAUAGUAAUAAGUUUCUAAUAUUUUGUCUUGUCUAGAAACGUGCCCGUGGGUGCCUCUUCUUAGUACUAUCCCUUUUAUUUUACAAGUGUUAUGUACAUAUUAGUAGUAGAUAUUGUUACGAGUAAGUCCGGGAUUCCACGUAUAAGGAAAUCGUCCGUUAAAUUCAGUAUAAACCAAAUCAAUAUCACUUUACCAUCUAUGUUAAUAGUGUUUUCGAUAUCAAAAAGUUUUACUUCUAAGCCCUUAGAAAUGAUUUCUUCUGAAAUAAUGAUGACGGUCACGUUGAACCAAAAUGAGAUAACCGUCAGGUGCACGCACGAUAUAAUUGUGUACACCAAACAAUUUUAGAUAAGUUUAACAAUCUGAAUAUUGUAUUAUUAUCAUGUCUUUGUCUUGGAUCCACACAAAAUUAUUUUUAUAGUAAAUUCACCGAGCAUGUUUAUUUUGUGUAUUUAUUGAAUGAUGGUUGGUGACGUCGGUUGUCGGUUGUCGUGCGUUGUCGUCACCAUCAUCGGAACUGUACACGUCUUCUGAAGCACUGACUGCUAGUGCCAUCGUGAUAUGUUUUUGUAUCUUUCGUAAGUGUGAUAAUAAAAUUAAUAAUUAAGAUUAUAACGUUUGGA